GUUAAGAUUAUUCAGUUUAGUGAAAAUGUCUGCCACCGAUGAAGACACGGAACUGAGGGAUCUCUUGAUUCAAAACUUGGAAAACAAUGGCGUUUUGAAUAAAAUUAAGGCAGAGCUGCGUGCUGCUGUGUUUCUUGCUCUUGAAGAACAGGAUAAAGUUGAGAACAAAACUCCACUCGUCAAUCAGAGCCUAAAGAAGUGCCUCAAUACCAAAGAUGGGCGUUUGGUGGCCAGCCUCAUCACUGAUUUCCUUCAGGUCUUCAACCUGGACUUCACACUUGCUGUCUUCCAGCCUGAAAUUAACACGCUUAACGGGCUCGACAGCCGAGAGACCGUGUCCAGGGAGCUGGGCAUCUCCGAGUCGGAGGUCAAUAAGAACACGCCGCUCCUGCUGGAACUGGUGAAAAGAGGUCGACACAAAGAGAAGCCCUCUGUUUACUCAGAGGGAGAUCGGGCCACACAUUUACCUAAGGACCUGUCUCCUGGCCAAAUUGCAGAGGUCCGGCGAAAAUUUGACAUGCAAGACAAGGACAGGAAUGGCGGAGUAAGCAAAGAGGGUGUCAUUGCGGUUUUUGCGGACCUCGUUCCGUGCUUCAGCAGAGGCAUGCUGGAGCAGUUUGUCACAGAUGAACUCAGGACCAAAGACAAAAGCACUGGUCACUCCUUGGACUUUCAGGAAUUUCUCGGAAUGUACAAACAAUUUUUCGGACAGUGUCGAAGUGUGGUCAGUUCUGAGUCCAAUGAUGCGACUCCCUCCUCUGGUAAGAGUUUUGAGGAGAGAUUUGGAUCUUCACCGGGCAGCAAGAUACCCAGAUAUAGAGGAUUUCUAAAACAAAGUGCAGUGGAACAGAGAACUGUUGUUCAGGGAAGUGACGGAAGCCACAGCAAUGCCAGUGGCACAGAGAAGAGCAGAGGUCAGGUGCAUGUGACCCCUGGGAUCACGGAGGGCAUUGGCGAUGCUGCCAGGAACGCCUCCGUGCCCCUGCGGAGAUCCCUGGACCUGGGCGACGAAGACGAGGAUGAGGAAGAGGGAGACUCUUUCUUCGACGACCCUCUCCCUAAACCUCAGAAGACGUACGGCUGUCGUUCCUCUGCAGAAAAGAGAAACUCGGGCAUGAGCCUGUCUGAGAAGAGCUAUAGUGCGAAAGACCUGUCAGCCAUAUGCAGUGACAUUGAGGCUGAUGGAGAAGAGGUUUUCUCCGACGCUGAGGUUAGAGGCGGGCGUGUAUGUGAGGCGAGGAGAGCCGCGGAGAAGUCUCUGUCCUCCCUGUCCGCCAGCCCGCCGUUGAGGAGCUGCGGAGAGCAGAGAGACCACGCGGCCGGCAGGAACGGCUCGUUACGCUCUAAAGACAGCGAUGGCAAAGAUGUGAAGACACGGAACGAGAAAACAGGAUCCCCUAUGAUGGAUGAGGAUAUAGAGUACGAUGAUGACUUUAACAGCCAUCAGUCUGAAAACUCAAAAAGCGAAGUGAGCAUUGGUGAAGAGAUAGAAGAAGUUUCUAUAGAGGGCCCCGACAUUAGCGAUAAGCUGGACGAUAUGACUCAGGAUGUGAGUGUGUCUCAGAUCAGUCAAGAAGCUGAUUACAUGGAGGAGGUGGCCUGACCUCUGAUCUUCCCAGUCUGUUCAUGUAUUAAACUUAUUUAUGGCUGUCAUGCUGUGUAACAUACCUAUUAAAAUACCUCCGUCACCAUGGA